AUGCUAAUGAGCUUGGCUACUGCAGCCCUCAUCAUCAAUGGAGCCAUGGCAACAAACUACACGGUCGGAGGACCGAACCGCGGGUGGGAUACAUCUAGUAAGCUGCAAUCUUGGGCAACGUCCCAGACAUUUUUGGUUGGAGAUAAUCUUGAUUUCCAGUACACUCCAAAUCACGACGUGCUUGAAGUGUCGAAGGCAGACUAUGAUUCAUGCACGGGAAGUAACCCUCUUCAGAGUUAUAGUGGCGGCACCACCACCAUCCCUCUUGCUUCUCCAGGGAAGAGAUACUUCAUCUGUGGAACAAGUGGACAUUGUAGCCAAGGAAUGAAGGUUGAAAUCGACACUCUUGCAGCUUCUACACCACCAGCUGCUUCUCCAAACAACCCUCCAACAGCAGCAACUCCGACUCCAUCGCCUGGUUCUCCGGCCACUCCUCCGGCUGCAUCACCACCUUCCGAAACUGCAACUCCCCCACUGCAGCAUUCGCCAGCGCCCGCCCCUACUGUGGCCAAUCCGCCAUCAGACAAGUCACCUGUAGGUGCAAUCAGUCCUACAUCCCUUGAUGUUCCUUCUGCUGGGGCCCCUGAAACUUCUGAUUCUCCGAGUGGUUCUCCACCACCACCAUCAUCAACUCUUCCCUCAUCAGCUACCAAAGUUAAUGUGAUGGCUGGGUGUACACUGGUGCUAGGUUUUAUCACGAUGUUAUGGACCCUUUAA